AUGAAUUCAUCACCUUUCUGUGGACCAGUUCUGGUAGAAAGAGCAGCUUUCAAUCGUCACGAUGAUCAACUGUCGAGAAAAGCAUCCGAAUAUCUUUCCGCAUUGCAGGAUUACACAUCCACGAGACUGCCGUCAAAUCCAACCUUGCACAGUUUACGACUCAAGCCUGGUGGAUCAGCGCCAACAGCUGUCGAGGAAAUGGUAGUAGCCCGACUCAUCACGCAUGAUUAUACCGAAGCUGUUGCAAUCUUGGAAACUGACGGCCAAUUAGGAUUUCUGAGAAAAGUGGAGCUGAUGGUUCAAGUACUUAUACUUUGCCAGAAAUGGAAACAUAUUGAUGAACUUUGCAACAGGCUCAAUUCGUUUGCCGAAUCUCAAAGUCAUCAGUACACUUUACUGGAUGAAAAGUCUCACAUAACCACAAGGCUACUUCUUUGUGUUGCAUAUUACCUACAGGGCCGCUUUUUAGACUGUCUGAAAUGCUUUUUCGUUGUGAUUGAAGAAUUCCCCGACGUUGUGCAACAGUUGAAGAAUGAAACUCCCGAUUCAUUCUGCACGCACUCCGAGUUAGUCACCAUGAUCUCUAUCUCUUUGAUAGUUUCAAUCCCGCUAGACAACUACGAGGAUGUUGCUCAAUUGGAGGAAUUGGAGCCGUUUUACAAGGUGGCAGGCUCUUUGACAAAAUGGCUGAAGCUCUUGAUUGAAACAAGUUAUCGUAAGUUUCUACAGGAGUGGAGUCUUCUGAAUCCUACCUGCUCCUCCAGUAUCUUCCUCGCUCAGAAGUGGCCUGCAGCUCAGCGAGUUCUGCGAGACAAGAUAUACCUUUUCUACCUGAGGAUUUCGAACGCCAUUGAAAUUCCAUAUCUUUCCGAAACGCUAUGCAUCGAGCAGGAUGUUGUUUCUGAUGAAAUUCAAAUGCUUAUCGAAGAGCUGGAGUUGAACUUUGCUGUGGAAGGUCUGUUGGUGCAGUCCAAGGAGAGAUACAAUGUGCAGAAACUCGCUGAAGAUUUGCUUGAUUCUGGGCAGCUUUUGCAAAACAAACUUGACUUACUCGUAACAAGAAACGAGAAUCUGGGAAGCGAGGUUCAAGGCCUGAUGAACGAGAACAGUGCUGUCGGGAAACGCAUGUGUAGUCCACAGGCCGAAAUGUUUGAAGAUGAUUGUGAUGUUGACGUCUCUGACUGUGAUAAUGAUCGCUGCUCUUAA